CCACAUUUGCGAAGUUCAGGUUCAACCGAAUCGAACCUCCGACAGGAUAGGUUUAACCCAGUGCUCACAGGGAAUGGCUUCACAAGGACGAGGCCGCUCCGCUGGUGGUUCCGCCCCGCAUGGAGAGGAGCGUCGAGGGACGACGUCGUUGCCGGCAAGGGAAAUGAGUCGGGGAGUUGGAGGUGGGGAGGAAGAACAGCGUGCUCAAAACUUGUGGUGCGACUACAACAAACGUGUCUGGUAUUUGGACUGGGCGAGCCAGGACGGCUCCGACCCUUUGCAACCACCGUGCGGGCCGCUCUUGUUCGUCGCCGUUCGCACCGACAGAACGCGUCUCGCAGGGUCCAUCGUCCAGUGGGUCGACGAUGGCGAAUACAAUUUCAAGUUUACGUUGAAGAAGCAUUACAAAAGUGAUGGUUCUGUCGAUGGCAUCACAAAGGGAUGCAAGGUUGCCGGGAGGAUGUUCGGCGGGUACGGCCGUCGUGCGAUGUCUUUGCCUCACUUUGUCUCGCUAGCGCCGGGGCACGACGAGGCCGUUCAUUGCACAGACUUCCUCGAGGUCUGGGCGAAAUCUGGUACCUCUGUCAGUGCCGUGGACGUCGGACCUGGAACAUCGAUCAGUGGUCCUGUUGGGUUCGCGGGAGGAGAGUGCUCUGAAGGGGGGAUGAGAGGUCAGGGUGGCCUACCAGCUACGCCUCCUGAUCAAGAGGUGGGCAUGUCAGACGACUCGGACGACGACCAUCCGCGUGCUCCUUUGAAACCGGGCCUGCAUGUGGCCGAGGUUUCGCCUGGAGAUCGAGCGGGUGGUCCGCAGGUUCGGGAGGUGCGUGGGUCAGAUGAGACGACUCACCGGGCCCGACCAGCGCCGACGCAACUGCAGACGGAGUUGAGCCAGGAACGGGAAGCAAGUGGGAACUUCACCGGUGAGGAGGAGGUGUUCGAGCAGGGGCUGUUCCGUGAGAGAUCGGUUGAAAAGACUCAGUCGGGAGGCAAUCGCAACAUGCCAGAUGAGGAAGAGCGAGAGGGAGUUGGUGCUCUGAAAAGGCAGAGAAAGGCAGGAGGGAGUGAUCGGACGCCAACAACACGAGAUGGCGGUUCCGUUGAGAAGAGGAAAAGGGUUGGAGGUGGGGAUGAAACGCCAAAAGACUCGUCGACACGGCGAAGAAUCGGUGAGUCUUCCGGGAAACGGUCGAAAUCAUCGAGGGGGAAGAAAGCAGACGACGACGACAGCGGGGAGGGGGAUGACGACGUGGAGAUUAACCUCAACGCCAUUAACCUCGACAAUGAGUUCUUCUUCGAGAUGCAGACAAGGGUGCAGAAGGACGUCGUAUUGCACAUCCAUCCCGAAAGAAUAUUAGCUAUUCCAGACUGGGAAGACGCGUACAACCACCGAUCCUUGGACGAGUUCCUCGUUGAUACCAUCGCGUCGGCUAUGAUCGACUGCUACGAACGCAAAGACAUGAGAUACACGAAGCCCAUUUUCGUUCUCGCUCCGAUCGUUGCGCCUCCAGAGAACGGCGAGCCUGCUGUACGCGUGCUGCCUGCUGGCUUCGACAGCUCGCACCCGGAGAAAUACUGGUAUUAUCCUGUGUGUGGACAGCAUAACGCGAGGGCGGUGAUGAUGAUGAAAGACCAUCCCGUGUUUGAUUACUACAACUUUUGUAAAUGGCCUUUCAGACCGAUCUACUUCCCUGACGACGAGUUCGACGGCUACGCCCAUGUCAGCUGCGAAGACAACAUGAAAGACAAGAAGAAUCCACCGCGCCUGCAGGUUUUGUCUAUGCGGGACAUUUGCAAUAUCUGGAAAAUUAAGGGCAAACCGCGUGUGGUGCUCGGCAAUGCCUCGAAGAAACAGGACGAGGUGCGAAAGUGGGUGAGGUUCAUGGCGUUGGUAAUGAAGAAGACGCCGUACACGCCUAUCUGGAACCUGUCAACGAAAGAAAAGAAAAGAAAGGAAUGGGCUGAGAAACUUCGAUACUACCUCCCGCUGGCCAUGGCAGAUGACUCCGGGCUGAAGAAACACGUCUGGUACGUGAAGGUGGACGACUCGUCGUUGAAAAAGGGUAGGGGGAAGCCAAAGAAAGGCGGGGAGGAGAAAAAUUUCUACGUCCACAUUCCGGAGCUGGAUGUCCACUGCUGGAAGGAAUUGGUCGAGUUGACGGACCGCGAGAAGAAAAGGCUGUUGAACGGCGUCUUGAACCUUAACGUCGUGUGGGUUCAAACGAGUAGCAAGAAGUUGGCCGAGCAGGGGAAGUUCAGUGUCAAGGAGAUGGUCGACAUAAUAAAAAUGGACCGGAUUAUGCUGAGGCUGUGGCACUUCGUGGAGUUCGAGUACGAGGAAAUGGAUAAGCGGGAGUGGAAUGCCAACUCCACGUUCUUCAGGUCCAAGAAGCAACUGUUCAAAGAGUUCAAGGACAGAGGUCUCGACGACAAGCUUUGGAACGAGAGCGCGAAAUUUUUCACGGACACCACAUACGUCAACAAGUGCCCUCAGUUUCUCGGGUGUCAACACGACAACAACAUCAAGAGAACGGCGGCCCUCGUCAACGACCAGCAUUUCCCGGCGGAGUGGAUGCGUGUCGUCCUUUCGGACUACUGGACAUUGGUGGUAUUCGUCCCCUGCCUGUGGAACCUCUCCUUCAUGACAUGUUUGUCUGCGCUUGGGACUACCCGAUGCUACACGGGGAAGUGGAUUCGGAAGACGGCAUCGAAGAAGACGCAUCAGUUCGGAAAUAGCGUCUGGGAGGAGCUGGAUGUGAUACACAUCAUUUUCAAAGGCGAGGAUCCUCGACUACUGACUCACCCGGUGUACGAGGGAGCUAUUGCUGAAGACGCCGUCGCCGCUCUACGGAGGAAACAGAAAGUGACACCCACGGAUGUGGAGGAGAAGUCUUUCAAGUCCUUGACUUUCGCGGACAUCGGAAACCUGACCCAGAGGGGGGCUCUAUACAAGGACGGCGAGCGGAAUCCGAAUCAGUUGUGCAAUCAGCUUCUUUUCUUCUGUGGUGUGGCGGAUGCCGUGCUGUUCUUAGGCAAGCCGCACGCGCAGGUGGUGUGGAGUCUGCUUCAGCAGGGAAGGCACGUCUUGGCCGUGGAUGGGGACACAACGCAGCUCGAAUACACCCUGCAGUAUGUCACCCAUGAAGUGUCGUCCAAGGCUAACCCAUGCGAUUUCCACCAUGUCGUGGUUGAGCCCGUUUAUGACCCGAACAAGGACAUGUUCUUCAAGUUGACUCCGAAGAAAAGGCGCCAGGUCUACUCCUUCCUUUACGGCGAAUAACGAAGGUUGAGAUUUGAUCCGCAGUACGUGGUGCGGAAGGAAGUCGCCAUUGCGGUCCUCCAGGGCUACCACGGAGCGAG